AUGUCCGAUCCAGCCGCCGAGUCUGAGCACUUGCUAAACUUCGGCCCUAUCCUCUUAGGCGUUAUCUUCGAGUCUAUCCUCUAUGGGAUAUUCGUGCUCCAGGCGGCCAUUUACUACCAGUCCUACAGAACCGAUCCCAAAUGGACCCGCUACCUGGUCCUGUGGAUGUUCGUGCUCGAAACUAUAAUCAUGGGGAUCGACAUCGCCAUGAUCUAUACUCCAAUGGUAACUCACGCAGGUGAGCGUGGGGUAGAGACGGUGUAUCCGAAGCUUCUCGCUGCAAAUCCCAUUAUGACGGUCCUUUUAUCGACUCCAGUGCAGCUUUUCAUGGCCCGUCGAAUCUAUAUCAUCAGCAGGUCCAUAUGGGUGCCGAUUGUCAUUUCUCUCGCAUCGUUGGCCGCUUUUGUCGGAGGCAUGGGAUCAGGCGCCUCCGUGGCCAUCGUCCAGACAUUUGCUGGUUUCCCGAAACUCGAAUGGUCCCUCAAUCUCUGGCUUGUUUCUUCUGCCAUUGGGGAUGCAAUUAUCACCAUUGCCCUCGUAUGGUACCUGUCCUCGAGGCGCACAGGGUUCCAAGCCACUGACGAUGUCCUCAACAAAGUCAUACGAAUGACUGUGCAAACUGGCCUGAUCACAUCUGCGGCCGCAAUCACCAAUGCCUUCCUGUGUGCAUUCGCUCCCUUCUUGUCCAUGAACUUCCUUUUUGCUUUCGGCCUGUCAAAGUUGUACACGAACUCCCUCUUGUCAACGCUCAACGCCCGCAGCCCUCUAGGUGGUGCUCCAACGGGGACCGGCGAACUCCCAUCCGGUGUCAACAUUCGCAGCCGGCCUAACUUCUCCCGCUCGAACCAACAGGGGCAGUCGGCCUUUGAACUUGAACAGGGUAUACGGAUUAAGCAAGACGUAUCCAAACAAGCUAGUUAUAUUCUGCCUUCCAGUCCGCAGGCUGUGGUACAGUUCCCCACUGAGCACAUCUAG